GCAGGCCCAGGAAAGAUGGGCCGGAGGCUGGACUUGUCUGGCUUGACGGACGACGAGGCCGAACACGUCCUAAAAGUUGUCCAACGGGACAUGAAGCUAAGGAAGAAGGAGGAGGUUCGGCUCAGUGAGAUGAAGCAAGAGCUGGCGGAAGAAGGCAGCAGAUGCUCCAUCCUCUCCAAGCAGCACCGUUUCAACGAGCACUGCUGCAUCCGAUGCUGCGCGCCCUUCACCUUCCUGCUCAACCCCAAGCGCGAGUGCUUGGAUUGCCAGUACAACGUGUGCAAGGCUUGCUGUAUCUACAACAAGAAGGACAAAGCCUGGCUGUGCUCCGCGUGUCAGAAGGGCAGGAUAUUAAGGACGCAAUCCCUGGAAUGGUAUUACACCAAUGUGAAGAGACGCUUCAAAAGGUUCGGCAGCGCUAAGGUUUUGAAGACUUUAUAUCGGAAGCACAUUAUAGAGAGAGGAGCCCUAUCUGAUCUCCCAGAAAGCAGCAUCCAUGAGGGAAGUUUCGGAAAUGACAACGAUGGCAGUAUAUGUGGCAGUGACUCGGUCUUCUACAAACAGAGUGAAGGACACAGUAUGGCUGAGACACUCACAGUCGCCUUGCGCGUUGCUGAGGAAGCCAUAGAGGAAGCCAUUGCCAAGGCAGAGGAGUUCAGCGACAGUUUGGAGAAGCAGAAUGAGGCUCGAUAUCUGCGGGACCACAAAGAAGAACUCAUAGAGGAACUUGCCACAACCAUUGUACAGAAGAUCAUCCAGAGGCGGAAGCGCUCAGAGAUGCAGACAGAAUAUGACUUUGUCUGGCCUCAGUCUCAGUCCUUGAUUCAGACCAGUGAUCAAGCCUCACCUUCGCAACCUCAAACAUCUUCGCAAGGAUCUUCUGACCCCCUCAAGACGUCCUCCGCCCUCUCGCGCUCACGCUCAGCCUUCUCCCUCACCAGUGACGACUCGCCCGAAAAACCCCCACAGGACGAGGCGGGUGGCAGCCUUCAAGAGUACUCCUCUCUGAAGAGGGACGCCAAGGCCACGUCACUGCCCACCUGGAAGAGUGUCGACCGUCUGGACAACACCAGUGCAUCCUCAGUCCUCCAAAGCCCGGACGGUAACUGGAUCGCUCUCCACAGCUCUCAGCUGUCUCGUCCCAGCCUCCUCACCAAGAGGAAAAGCCUCGUGUUCAGCGUCUUGGAGAAGGAGUCCGGCGUCGUCUCGGCCUACGACGAGAUGGGUUCCGACUCUGAAGAGGACGAUCAAGGCAGCUGGGGCGCAGCGUUGCAACAGUUCCGCCGCAAGCUGUCCGAUGAGACCUAUUACACUGACUCGCAGCAUGACCCCGAGUGGACAUAUACGCAGCACCUGCCCGUGACCUCCCCUUCUUCGGGCCAGUACACGAACACAGAAACCCUCAAUUCGGACUCUGAGGCAUCAUCGGCUCGAUCGUGUCCUCGGAAACCACCUCAAAACCUGCUGAGGAAGAAAGGACCAUCGGAUACUCACCUUCACCCGUACCACCAACCAAUGUUUCACCAACACCUUCACCAAAACCUCUCUCCAUAUCCACUUGUCUCAGGGGCACUGGAUGUGAAUUUUAACCCCAAGGUGACUGGGGACAGCAGCGAGGCUGAAGAAAGGCAAAACGACCCAAUUAGAAGGUCACGGAGGCGCCGCAAAAGCAAGAGGGAUUCUUCAAACGAGAGCAGGUCUGGGAGCCAGAACUACUCACAGUCCAUUCAGGAGAGCAGUGGUUUUCUUCUCACUGACUUACUGAAGAGGAGCUUAAGUGAGGAUCAGCCUGUUUCUGACGCAGUGCCCAUGAGCACAGCAGCACCAGAUGCCUUCACAUCAGAUGUCAUCACACCGGAGUCGCAAGACUUGGAUAAAGUGGCACCGAAUUCAGUGGACCCACGCAGCCCUGUUUCACCCCAACCUACGGCUCCGGCGCCCCAUCACAACACGGAACCCGUUGGCACAGCGGACUUUCUGAAGGAAGAACUGCAGUCGAGGAUCAGUAAACUGGUCAGGAGCCGCACCAACAGCAGAGAGAGCAGUUCUUCUGUGGAGGAGUGGCCCUCUCACAAACAGACGGAGGGAGAAAGCGUCAGACCAAUUUCAAAAGACACGGAACGAAAGAAGCCUAAGUCGAGUGUGAGAUUAAGAGAGAACGCGAGUGAACCAGACGGUCAAGUGAAUGGCCAAGAGACGUCGAGUAGUGAGAGGUUGAUAAAAAGCCCGCCUCCGAGCGCGGAAGGCCGAGCGAAGGACCGCAGGUCAGAGAAGCGAGUGGGGAGUUCAGAGGAAACGGCAGUUGAAAAAGAGCAAAAGCGAGGAGAGAGAAAGAAAAACAAGAGACAACACAGACGAGAUUUGGAGAAGGAGAUGUCAGAAUGGAAAAGCUGCUCCAGUGCAGCCAGCUCGCCUGCUGUUACGCCAUCUUCCCAGGAGGGGGUGCUGUCUGACAACCAGCAGAAGUUCUCAGCAGCCUCACUUUGCAGCAUCACCACAGAGGUAUUGAAAGUUUUGAACGCCACCGAGGAGCUGAUCAGCGAGGCAGGAGGGGACGGCUGCACUCCUUCAGAGUCGCAGAGCGCGUCAACCAUCUCAAACAGCUCUGAGACACGUAAACUGGACCAGAGACUCACCAAAAUGGAGGAGAAUGUUUACCUAGCUGCUGGUGCUGUAUAUGGCCUCGAGGGGGCGCUGGGGGACCUGGAGCAGUGCGCCCGGAAUAUCAGUAGUGGGACCACGGACACAGAGUUGGCUUUCCUGGAGGACCAGGUGGCUACUGCUGCUGCUCAGGUCCAGCAAUCUGAGAUGCAGAUAUCCAACAUUGAGGCCAGGAUAUCGGCUCUUAAAACUGCAGGGUUAAAUGUGACUGUCUGCAAUCAUUUCUCCAAGUUCAAGCCAACAGCAAAGCCACAAACCCUGGACACAUCACGCCAUCAGAGGAGGAAGCUGCCAGCCCCUCCACUAAAAGGUACCAAAUAA